UCCUGCUCAGACCGCACUCGCUUCUCUCAGCCUCCUUCUCUCCCGCAUACAUACCGCGCGCACACACACGCACGCACAUACACGCACAGACACACACGACCACUGAUAACAGACCACUCUGCAGCAGGUGAAGAGCACUCCGGUGAUCGUUCCUUUUCAAGAUGAGUUAUUCUAGUGACAUGUACUCCAGCAGCUCCUAUCGGAAGAUCUUCGGCGAUGCUCCUCGGAUGUCAGGACGCAUAUCAUUGAGCAGCAGCCCGUCCCGUAGCUCGGCGACAUACCGCUCUAGCUCCCAGCUUCGUGGCUAUGGCUCCGCGCCUACAAUGCUGCCCUCCAGUUACCGCAGCAAGCUGGGCGCCGGUCGCAGCGGGUUCUCCUGUCUGCCGGAAUCCAUUGACUUGUCGCAAUCCACGGCCAUCACCAAUGAGCUGAAGAUAAUUCGCACGAACGAAAAGGAGCAGCUGCAGGGCCUUAACGAUCGCUUUGUCACCUUCAUCGAGAAAGUACACAACCUAGAACAGCAGAACAAGGUGCUUGAGGCAGAGGUCACCCUGCUGCGCCAGCGCCACUCGGAGCCGUCACGUCUGCAUGAUCUGUACGAACAGGAGAUACGAGAGCUCAGGGCGAGGGUGGAGGAGCUUACCCACGAAAAGAGCCAGAUGCACCUUGACUGUGUGCAGAUGAAGGAGGCGCUGGAUCGGGUGAAGGAGAAGCUGGAAGAGGAGGCGAAACUCCGUGAAGAAGCCGAGGGCACCCUCAAGGGGUAUCGCAAGGACGUGGACGACGCCACCCUUUCACGCCUGGAGCUCGAGAAGAAAGUCGAGUCAUUGCUGGAUGAGAUCGCGUUCCUCAGGAAAGUUCAUGAGGAGGAGCUGCAAGAGUUGCAGGCAUCUUUGCAAGCCUCACAGGUGUCUGUGGAGAUGGACGUGAGCAAGCCCGACCUGGCAGUGGCGCUGAGGGACAUCCGGGCCCAGUACGAAGCCCUUUCCUCUCGGAACCAGCAGCAGGCUGAGGAAUGGUACCGCUCCAAGUUCGCCAGCGUGACCGAGGCUGCGGCCCGUAACUCGGAUGUGGUCAAGCAGACGAAGGAGGAGCUGAGCGAGUACCGGAGACAGGUUCAGGCCCGUACCCUGGAGGUGGAGGCCCUUAGGGGCCACAACGAGGCUCUGGAGAGGCAGCUUGCUGAAAUGGAGGAUCGCCACAGUGGCGAGAUCGGAGAGCUGCAGGACACCAUCCAGCAGCUGGAAACUGCCCUGCGCAACACCAAAGGUGAGAUGUCUCGCCACCUGCGUGAGUACCAGGACCUCCUCAACGUGAAAAUGGCCCUGGACAUCGAAAUUGCCGCCUACAGGAAGCUGCUGGAGGGAGAGGAGUGCCGGAUGAGUAACGUCGGCGGGGCCAUGAUCAUGUCGGGCUUUAGCCACUCUGCCGCCCGCUCCUACGUCCUGAGUACCGCCGCCACCUACAGGAAGAUGGGCAGCAAGGCAGAGGAGGAAGAAGAAGAGGAAGAGGAAGGGGAGGAGGAAGAGGAGAAGGAAGAAGAGGAGGAGGGGGAGGAGGAGGAGGAGGAAGGAGAGGGUGAGGAAGGCGAGGAGCAAGAAGAAGCUGAAGAGGAAGAAGAGCCGGAGCAGGAAGAAGAAAAAGAUGAAAAGAAGGGAGCAUCUGUGAAGAAGGGAAGCAAGAGCUAAACAUGCUGAGUCACUGUCUGUGUCCAGCAACACGCUCUGCUCUCCAUCCACAUUCCAUAGCAUCUGAUCCCUAAUCUCCAUCCUACAGACACACAUACACACACUUGUCCCGUCAGUUUCUUUCCAUAUGCUUUGCUUUCUGGGACAGAGUCAGCUGCCAGUUACUCGCAUCAGGCUAUAAAGUGACCAGUGCUAAUUUCAAAAACCAGAUCACAGUAAAACUAACAUGCAAUCACCACAACACACACACACCUUUCCUUAGAAUUAGCAUUUGCAAAUGUAGCACAUGACCACAGUCGUUGUGUUCUCAUGAUGGUGGUGUGGUCACACCGUGAGGUCAGGACCGACAGCAUGAGCGCACGCUUGUUAGGUUCCGAUGUUUGAAUCUGAGGAAAGGUUUUGGCCGGCUGGGUAGCACCCGGAUUCUGUACCCCAGAGUUAUGGUGCUGAUUAAUGCAGAGGCACUGAAAACUUGCGUUACUGAGCCAAAGCAGGCAGCAAACCAACACCUUCCGCAGCACACUUAGACACAUCGUGGGACAAAAUCGCAGCUGGUGUCCUGCAUGUCUCCCCCCUCGGCUUUACUCACCGGGUGAAGGUAUAGGAUAGUCCAGCCAUUGCUCUUUUUCUUUCCAACACAUGGCAAAGUUAUCAUCUCGCCCAUCUUUUCUUACUUUGCCUGUUUAACUACGCUAACCUCGGUCAAAGCAUGGCGAAAAACAAAAUAGAUUAAUAUUGACAAGAGCAGAGACAGAAGCCGAAGUUGCUUCCUGGGGAAUGAAUAACCAGCAGGGAAUGAAAACGUAGAAAAGAUAAUUUGCUACUUAUCAUUCUGCGCCUUUUAUGUUCCAGUUAAAAAUAUCACUCCUUGAUUGAUUCACUUAUCUUAACUAAAUCUCAGCUGAAGCAGCUUCUCCUCCUUAACGUUCAUCUUUGGGAAGACAGACUGGAGCUGUUCUGCCUGAUAGGAGGCCAAAGCAGCCCUUCAGUGUCGACUGCAGUAGGGUGUGGGGGGGGCAUGUAUCUCUGUUUGGGGGAGUGACUUACUGUUCACGUUUUCCGGGCGCGACGUUUGUGGUUUGCUUCGGACAGGUCAAAGGUCGUCUGGGGCUGACAGGGAUGGCACUCUUUUCCGGGGCUGCGUCUGACUCUCACAUGGGUGCCGUUUGCUGUGGAAGGGGCGGUUCCUGCAGUGAGUCACACAAAGCUAGCCUGAUGUAGUGGGGGUGAGAAUUAAGAAGAGAAGAAUAUGAGAUGGGCUGAGAAGAAACACCAGUGCAAAUAUCUCAUUUCAGCAAAAUUUGGAUGGUAGUAAAUCGGUCUUUAUAGCAGUGCUACUUCACCUGGUCCCCCUGUGGACUGGGCUGAGAAACACUGUACUGGAGAGAGUGAAAGGGGGCGGGGGGG